AGAAAACCCGUUCAAGUUUUUAGGGUUUUCAGUUCGCUCUCAUAUAAUCUUCUUCCUCCUAGGGUUUUUCUGCUGCCUCUGAGAGAGAGAGAGAGAGGGAGUGUGUGUUGACUGUUGGGAAAGACAGCAUGAAGACGAUACUCUCCUCAGAGACCAUGGACAUCCCAGAUGGGGUGAAGAUCAAGGUUAAAGCGAAGGAAAUUGAGGUGGAGGGUCCCAGGGGCAAACUCGUCCGCAACUUCAAGCACCUCAACCUCGAUUUCCAACUCAUCACCGACGAGGCCACCGGAAAACGGAAACUUAAGGUCGAUGCUUGGUUCGGAUCGCGCAAAACCACCGCCGCUAUACGUACCGCGCUCAGCCACGUCGAGAACCUCAUCACCGGCGUCACUAAGGGCUACCGCUACAAGAUGCGCUUUGUCUACGCUCACUUUCCCAUCAACGCUUCCAUCACUAAUUCCAACAAGGGUAUUGAAAUCCGUAACUUCCUUGGCGAGAAGAAGGUUAGGAAAGUUGAAAUGCUUGAGGGUGUGACUGUUCUUCGAUCUGAAAAAGUUAAGGAUGAACUGGUAUUGGAUGGCAAUGACAUUGAGCUUGUUUCUCGAUCAUGUGCCCUUAUAAACCAGAAAUGUCAUGUCAAGAACAAGGAUAUCCGAAAGUUUCUUGAUGGUAUCUAUGUGAGUGAAAAGGGAACUAUAGCCCAGGAAGAUGAGUAGUUAGUUAGUGGGUGUAUGACUACUGUUUUUUGGAGUAUUUGUUUCUCCCUUUAUGUUGAACACAAUUUAGAGCCUCAGUUAUACUUGUUUUAAGUUAAGGAUUUUGGUGUUGAGGUCAUGAGUUUACUGUAUCAACUAUUCAGUAUGGUUUACAUUUUUCUUAAUCUGUAUGGUUUUGUUUGAUUGUUGUUCAUCAUAUUUGAAUUACUCAGUAAUAUAUAGAAGUAUGCACUUGCUUUGUGUUAAAA